AUGACAGCCGCCAACGACCAAAGAAGAUCCAAAGGCAGCAGCAACAGGCAACCCGUCGUCUUCACCACCGCCGCUUCUUAUACCUCUUACUCCUCCUCGCAUUCUUCAGCCUCUUACUAUCCUUCGUCGUGCAGUUCUAUUUCUCCUCCUCGAAACUAUUACCAUAAUCUAAAUACCGCUUCUCCACCUUCACGUCGCCCACAAGCCAACGAACACAAUAGCGCCCGAGAGCAUCUCGCAAGUCUUAUAAGAAAACACGGUCCCCCGACCCCAGUUUCUUCUUCAUCCUCUUUGCGAAAAUUAACCUCGACCUCUCCUAUCAACACAUCAUUCUUGCCCUCGGACUCAGUCGAAACACCACCUGCCUCUCCUGCUCCGGUAGAAGAAGUCUACGAAUCCACAGCAGGAUCUCGGCCAAUUCCUAUCCCUCGCGCCAAUUUGAGCCGCUCCUUCGACGACUUGCCGCUUACACCACUUACGGGUCGUUUCGAUCACCAGUACUUAGCAGAGCACCCAAUCAAGGAUUCACAAUCUUCAUCGAGCCAUCAACGUCAUAGUCGAAACGAAAAGUCGUCCCGCAAGAAAAAGUCGCAACCAACCUCAUCUUCUGUGUCGACAUCUAUAUCUACUACCAGUCGCAGUAGCCGUUCUAAGAAAAUACCAAUGUCGGGCCCAUCCCUCACCAUGUCGCACGAGUCAGGCCCAGUCUCACCAAAGCCAGUACCCAAGGACAGCCCAAUGUAUUUGGGUAACUUACCACGGUUCCAUCCUGCUGUCUAUCAAUCACCAAACAACACUCCAAACGCUUCGUUGUCAUCCAACACGUCAAACCACCAUCCAAGAUCUUUCGGGUACCGUGUUGCGUCGGGAGGAAGUGGCAGUUCCCGCGAAGCAUUAAGACAAUAUCGAGAACUAGUCGCGGCCAGCGUCUCGCUAUCGCGCAACACUUCGGACAGCAGUGAUGUUGGGAUUUCGGCUCCAAGACUAGAUCCUCUCGGCAGUCCUGGUCCGGUGACUCCCCUUGCUCUGGAGGAGGCAGAAAGCUAUCUGUCCGCGAGAUCCGAUGAUUACAUUUCACCACGUCAGGCUGACUCACCCAGUGAGCGCGAACGAUACGGAAGCACACGCACAAAGGAUGCCAAGGGUCGAUAG